GUUGUUUUGUCCGCGUGAUCAAAAUGCCUGAACCCGCCAAGUCUGCGCCUAAGAAAGGCUCCAAGAAAGCCGUGACCAAGACCGCCGGCAAAGGAGGCAAGAAGAAGAGAAAGACCAGGAAGGAGAGCUACGCCAUCUACGUCUACAAGGUGCUGAAGCAGGUCCACCCCGACACCGGCAUCUCCUCCAAGGCCAUGAGCAUCAUGAACUCGUUCGUCAACGACAUCUUCGAGCGCAUCGCCUCCGAGGCGUCUCGUCUGGCUCACUACAACAAGCGCUCCACCAUCACCUCCAGGGAGAUCCAGACCGCCGUGCGCCUCCUGCUCCCCGGGGAGCUGGCCAAGCACGCAGUGUCUGAGGGCACCAAGGCCGUCACCAAGUACACCAGCUCCAAGUAAACUGUUGGUCUUAAGCCGAGAAACAAAGGCCCUUUUCAGGGCCACCCACUCCUUCAUUUGAGAGCUCUGGUUUCUUGUACCAAAUUACUGUUUUGUGGUGCUUAUUAGUCAUAUGAAGGUCAACUUGGCGAUGCCUAAAAGUUGUCAUUUUGACGAGCAUGCCUAAAAAAUAAAAUCUCAACGUCAAUCCGACACUGAAAUUGAUGAAUCCAGACUAAAACUUUAUUACCCUGUUUUUCACUCCGCACAACCUCUAGCUUACAGAGCUAGUGGGAAAUGGUUCCCAUUUAAUAUCCAAAAACAGUUCUGAAUGAAGGACUGAGGGGAUGUAGGAACUUCAAGAUGAAAUUGAUAAAAAUCGCAAAGAAACGUUUCUGUGUGGCACUAAACUUUGGAAUGGGUUAAGUAAUGAGCUCAAACUCGAUGUAUAAAGAAACUUGAUUUCACGGUAUGAAGAUAAGAGUUAAGGAGCAAGAUGUGUUUGAAAAAUUCAAAAUGUGUGAGCAAUGUGCAAUAAUGAUUACUGAAAUGUUUAAAUUACAAUCAAGCUGUUAAUAAGCAAUGUAUAGCAAUAAUUAUUUCAUGUGAUAAUGUGUUGUGAUUAUUAAAUUUUACUGUUUACUGAAAUCAUGUUUUCUGAAGAUAAUCAUUUCUAGACACUGGAUUUUGUGACUUGAACUGAAUUUGUUUUUUUAUGUAUCUUUGCAUUUCAUCAUUUCUGCAAUGAGCUUGAUAAAUGUCUGGAAAUUCUUUUAAUGUAUUGACUACAAUGCUUGAAUGCUAUUUUUUUUAAUUCAGCGGGUCCUAAUAAAUCACUAAGGGUUUCUCCUGUGGCCUAUUUAGGA